AGUUAGCGGCGGCGGUGGCUGCAGCCUCCCGCGGGUAACAGUAGUCUCUGAGCGGUGGGAAUUUUGCGGCAGUGUUUUGUGAGCUGGACUGCGCCAGGAGAGUCCCCGCUUGGGAGUUAAAGGAAGGGCGGAGAGGUGAAGCCCCUCCCCCAACCUCUUCAUAGUUUGACUAACUGCCCCAUCCUUCCCUCCCGUUUUUUCCUCCCAGCCCGCUACACGCUGGUCUAUUGCGCAGGCGCGCAAAUAAUCGGAGCGCCGCCUUAGCGCUGGAGUUUGAGAGCUCCUGCGCGCGUUUACCGUUCUUCUUCCUUGAUUGGUUAGAUUGCCCCGCCAUCACGCUUCCCUCUGCUUUCUAGGUUGAGAAGGAAAGCGGUGGGGCGGGGCCAACCGGCGCGUGCGCAAUACUGUUGCUGCUCGUUUGCUGCUGUUGCGUUCCACAAAAAAAUCCCGACUGGAUAGCCUUGGGCCUUUUCUGUGCUAGAGGAUCUGGAGAGAGAGAGAGAUUGAUUUCUGCAGCUGAAGGGGCAGUCGGGUAUUAUUAAAUUUAAGAUAUUAACGCCCACUCCUUCAGGAGUGGGACGCUAGGAGUGGGGAGGGGCCUUAGCUUUGAGAGCUGAAGAAUAUAAAACCAUUAAUUUCGGGGCCAGGCGUUUAGAAAGGCUUUGCAGGAUCUGCAUAAUUUCGUCUGUGAUUACUGACUGGUUUAAACACAACCCCUUGAACAAUUCUGAUAAACCUUUGAAACCCGCAGCCCCUCCUUGCAGCGUGUAGGAGUCGCCAGCGUGCCCAGUAGCUGGUCCUCCUGUCCUACCUCCAGAAGAGCCAAGCGCGUGCACCAUCCCCAACCCCUGGCCUCCCUCCCCAACUACGGCUUUCACGCACUCGCAGUGAUUAUUUUUGCCCGCUCCCGCCGCGGCCGCCGCGGCCGCCAGAGGAGCAGCAGCGCUUGUGCAAACCGGGAAGAUGGCGGCCGGCGGCGGCGGAGGCAGCAGUAAGGCCUCCUCCUCGUCGGCCUCUUCGGCUGGGGCUCUGGAGUCCUCGUUGGAUCGAAAAUUCCAGUCGGUAACCAACACCAUGGAAUCUAUUCAAGGCCUGUCGUCUUGGUGUAUAGAGAACAAGAAACACCACACUACUAUCGUCUACCAUUGGAUGAAGUGGCUCCGGAGAUCUGCCUAUCCCCACCGUUUGAAUCUCUUUUACCUUGCCAAUGAUGUCAUCCAGAACUGUAAAAGGAAAAACGCAAUCAUAUUCCGUGAAUCAUUUGCUGAUGUACUUCCUGAAGCAGCUGCUCUAGUGAAGGAUCCAUCUGUCUCUAAGUCUGUAGAACGAAUCUUUAAAAUCUGGGAAGACAGAAAUGUAUACCCAGAAGAAAUGAUUAUGGCAUUGAGAGAAGCUUUGAGUACUACUUUCAAAACUCAGAAGCAGCUGAAAGAAAAUCUGAACAAACAACCGAAUAAGCAGUGGAAGAAAUCACAAACAUCCAUGAAUCCAAAAGCUGCUCUCAAGUCUAAAAUAGUUGCUGAAUUUCGAUCUCAGGCUCUCAUUGAAGAGCUGUUGCUAUACAAGCGCUCAGAAGAUCAGAUAGAAUUGAAGGAAAAACAACUGUCAACUAUGAGGGUGGAUGUAUGCAGCACAGAAACUCUCAAAUGCUUAAAAGAUAAGACAGGUGGGAAGAAGUUCUCCAAAGAAUUUGAAGAGGCAAGUUCCAAGCUAGAAGAAUUUGUGAAUGGAUUAGAUAAGCAAGUGAAAAAUGGGCCCUCACUAACAGAAGCACUGGAAAAUGCUGGAAUUUUCUAUGAAGCACAAUACAAAGAAGUAAAGGUGGUGGCCAAUGCAUACAAAACCUUUGCUAAUAGAGUGAACAAUUUAAAGAAAAAGCUGGAUCAAUUGAAGUCAACCCUUCCUGAUCCUGAAGAAUCACCAGUUCCUUCUCCAAGCAUGGAUGCUCCUUCCCCAACUGGUUCUGAGUCUCCUUUUCAGGGAAUGGGAGGUGAGGAAUCCCAGUCACCAACCAUGGAGAGCGAGAAGUCUGCCACACCUGAGCCUGUGACUGAUAACCGUGAUGUUGAAGAUAUGGAACUCUCAGAUGUGGAAGAUGAUGCAUCAAAAAUCAUUGUAGAGGACAGGAAGGAAAAACCUGUGGAGAAGUCAGCUGUGUCCACUUCUGUAUCUACAAAGCCAACAGAAAGCAUCUCAAAGGCCUCUUCAUGUACCCCAGUGCCGACCAUGACAGCAACCCCACCUCUUCCAAAACCUGUGAAUACUUCUCUUCUGUCCCCUUCUCCAGCAUUGGCUUUGCCAAACCUGGCUAAUGUGGACCUGGCAAAGAUCAGUUCCAUCCUUAGUAGCUUGACAUCAGUCAUGAAAAAUACUGGGGUCAGUCCUGCAUCAAGGCCUUCUCCGGGAACUCCAAGUCCCAGCAGCCUCACCAGUAGCCUGAAAACACCUGCACCUGCUACAACAACAUCUCACAACCCUCUGGCAAAUAUCCUCUCCAAGGUGGAGAUCACCCCAGAGAGCAUUCUGUCUGCUCUCUCCAAAACCCAGACACAGUCAGCCCCUGCACUGCAAGGCCUGUCGUCUUUACUUCAGAGUGUUGCUGGGAACUCAGUUCCAGCCAGUGAAGCUGUACCCCAGAGCACUUCAGCUUCCCCUGCCAACAGCACAGUCUCCAGCAUAAAAGGAAGAAACUUGCCUCCCAAUACCCAAUCCUUUAUUCCCAAAAGCUUCAAUUAUUCUCCUAAUUCAUCAACUUCUGAAGUCUCUUCAACUUCAGCCAGUAAGACCUCAAUUGGGCAAAGCCCAGGGCUCCCAAGCACUACUUUCAAGCUACCGUCCAAUUCUAUGGGGUUUACAGGUACCCACAGUACUAGCCCUGCUGCCCCACCUCCUGAAGUUGCCAUGUGCCAAUCUUCAGAGAUCUCCAAGCCAAAGCUGGAGUCUGAUUCCACCUCCCCAAGCCUGGAAAUGAAGAUCCACAACUUCUUAAAAGGUAAUCCUGGUUUCAGUGGCUUAAACUUAAACAUCCCAAUCUUGAGCAGUUUGGGAUCCAGUGCCCCAGCAGAAAGCCGUCCCUCAGACUUCCAGCGUGGCCCUACUAGCACGUCAAUCGACAACACUGACGGAACCCCUGUGCGGGAUGAACGGAGUGGGACACCCACCCAAGAUGAGAUGAUGGACAAGCCCACAUCCAGCAGUGUAGACACCAUGUCCCUGCUUUCUAAGAUCAUUAGCCCUGGUUCCUCGACACCCAGCAGUACAAGAUCACCACCCCCUGGGAGAGAGGAAAGCUACCCCCGGGAUCUCUCCACUUCUGUAUCUACAUAUCGACCCUUUGGCCUGGGCAGUGAAUCACCCUAUAAGCAGCCUUCUGAUGGAAUAGAGAGACCAUCUUCCCUGAUGGACUCUUCACAGGAAAAGUUCUAUCCAGAUACUUCUUUCCAGGAAGAUGAAGAUUACAGAGAUUUUGAGUAUUCAGGGCCUCCACCCUCUGCUAUGAUGAACCUAGAGAAGAAACCAGCCAAGUCUAUCUUGAAAUCAAGCAAGCUUUCUGAUACCACUGAGUACCACCCAAUCCUGUCCAGUUAUAGCCACAGAGCCCAAGACUUUGGGGUAAAGUCUGCUUUCCCUCCAUCUGUAAGGGCCCUCCUGGACUCUAGUGAGAACUGUGACCGUCUCUCAUCUUCCCCUGGGCUGUUUGGUGCCUUCAGCAUAAGAGGAAAUGAACCGGGGUCUGACCAGUCACCAUCACCGAGUAAGAAUGAUUCCUUUUUCACCCCUGACUCCAACCACAAUAGCUUGUCUCAGUCUACCAGUGGGCAUCUAAGUUUGCCACAGAAAUACCCAGACUCUCCUCACCCUGUCCCACAUCGUUCCCUUUUCUCUCCGCAGAAUACACUUGCCGCUCCCACGGGCCACCCACCCACAACAGGCGUGGAGAAAGUCCUGGCCUCCACCAUUUCCACCACAUCGACGAUUGAGUUUAAGAAUAUGCUUAAAAAUGCCUCACGAAAGCCCUCAGAUGAUAAGCAUUUUGGCCAGGCCCCCAGCAAGGGCACUUCAGGUGAUGGUGUCAGUCUCUCAAACCUCGCCCAGCCCAGUUUGACGGCCGCUGAUCAGCAGCAGCAAGAAGAGCACUACCGCAUAGAAACCCGAGUCUCCUCCUCCUGCCUAGACUUGCCUGACAGCACUGAAGAGAAGGGGGCCCCUAUAGAGACCUUGGGGUAUCACAAUGCAUCCAAUAGGAGGAUGUCAGGGGAGCCAAUACAGACCGUAGAGUCCAUCCGAGUUCCUGGGAAGGGAACUAGAGGACACGGGCGUGAGGCUUCAAGGGUGGGUUGGUUUGAUCUGAGCACCUCAGGCAGCUCUUUUGACAAUGGCCCCUCAGGCGCCUCUGAGUUGGCAUCCCUUGGGGGUGGGGUCAGCGGAGGCCUCACUGGCUUUAAAACAGCACCAUACAAGGAACGGGCACCCCAAUUUCAGGAAAGUAUCGGCAGCUUUUGUUCCAAUAGUUUCAACUCAACAUUUGAGCAUCAUCUCCCCUCGUCCCCUUUGGAACAUGGGACACCCUUCCAGAGAGAGCCAGUGGGGCCAUCAUCUGCCCCAUCUGCCCCUCCUAAGGAUCAUGGUGUUAUCUUCUCUCGAGAUGCGCCCACUCAUCUACCCUCUGUGGAGCUUUCGAACCCCUUCACAAAGGAGGCGGCCCUGGCCCAUGCUGCCCCACCCACUCCUGGGGAGCACAGUGGAGUUCCUUUCCCCACCCCUCCCCCUCCACCCCCAGGGGAGCAUAGCAGCAGUGGUGGGAGUGGUGUCCCUUUUUCUACUCCACCUCCUCCUCCGCCUGCUGUUGACCACUCUGGGGUUGUGCCCUUCCCAGCCCCACCACUGGCAGAGCACGGAGUGGCUGGGGCUGUGGCAGUAUUUCCCAAGGACCGUAGUUCCCUCCUUCAAGGGACCCUGGCUGAGCAUUUUGGAGUGCUCCCAGGACCCAGGGACCACGGGGGCCCCACCCAGCGGGACCUCAAUGGCCCUGGCCUUAGCCGUGUUCGCGAGAGCCUGAGCCUGCCCUCCCAUUCCCUGGAGCACUUGGGCGCAGUCCAUGGAGGAGGAGGUGGGGGAGGCGGCAACAGCUCCAGUGGCCCCGCCUUGGGUCCCUCACACAGAGACGCCAUCAGCCGGAGUGGUAUGAUUCUGCGGAAUCCCCGGCCUGACUUUCGGCCUAGGGAACCUUUUCUCAGCAGAGACCCGUUCCACAGUUUAAAGAGACCCAGGCCACCUUUUGCUAGGGGCCCUCCAUUCUUUGCACCAAAACGCCCAUUCUUUCCUCCCAGGUACUGAUGGAAGCCAAGGGCAAAGCAUUUUGAACAAUCUAGAGAGCAUUGGAAGUAGGAGUUUGGUUUAUUACUGUUUUUAUUUGUUUUUCCUCCUUUGAUUUAUUCCUAUUUUUUUAUUAUGACAAAGGGCCUCCCUUCCAGUUUAAAAAGUCAUAUAUGCUUACAUGUCACUAUUCCAUCCAGUCCUCCCAUUGCACUUACCUACCUUCCUCAAGUUGUAUUUUAUGAGGGGCAGGGGGCGGCCAAGAAACACAACCAAAGCCACUUCACUUGACUGGGGCGUUUGAGGAGUGGGGAGGAAAACAGUAAUUCUUAUUUUACCCCAUCUAUUGAAGAGUAUUACUACAUUUGAAAUAAAACCCAUCAGUACAGAUAUUAACAUAUGCAAUGUUGGGAUGUUAUUUUGGGCUUGGCUUAUCAAGUAAUCAAUAGAAGGAUUCCUGCUCCCUCUCUCCCCCACUAAGUAACUGCUACAACCACCUUGGCCCCCUACUCUGGGCACCCUAUGCCUUGCUGGCAGCCAGUAGAUAUCAAGGGAGGAGAUGUGGGAGACCUUGGGCCUGUCAGUUUUGUUUUAAAGGCAUGUUGAAGUUGAGUUCUUUACCUUUCUCCUAAAAUCUUAAUUAAAAAAAUGAAUCAGCCUUCUCUUGUAAAGUAUUAUCAGGCAGUAACUUUGAGAAGAUGCAGGCCUAAUUCCACCCAAGUAAAACAUUUUUCCUCUUUAUCCUUGGGAUGAAGGAGAAGGAGCUGGAUAUAAUUUCAAGGUUAAAAUAAGGAAUCGCUGUAAUAUAUAGAGAAAGAAGGUAAUCAUUAAUGUGAUGUGGUCUGCCCAUCCUUCAUAAACGAGAGAAGAGGAAUGUUUUUGAGGUAGUUGCAGAUAUUUUGUAGCAAGCUCUUGCUCUCUGCUCUUCUUUCUUUACAGUAGACUUUUUUUCUUCCUCAGUUUUCACUUCUGCUUUGGCCAGAAAGGCAGUACAGUUGUCAGUUGAUACAAAGAUGCAACUGAAAUAUCACUGUAUUUUUAAUAUAAGAGGUAGAUAUUUUUACCAUGGCGACUCCCUAAUGUAGAUGAUACUUGGUGGUGGUUUUCAGUGAAGGUUUAACUACUAGGGAAAGGGAAAUAUUUGUCUUUAUCUUUUCCCUUUGCUCCAGUCCUGUGUUCACUCGUGUUUUUGCUUUUGCAAAGGAGAAGGUUCAGUAACAUCUUCCUUUAUACCUCUUCCGAUGUGUGUUAGUGACAAGUGGGUAUAACUAUACAUAUCUUUAUAGAGAAACGGGAGGACCUGAUAGGUCCAAAUUUACCCCCACUCUACAGAUAACAGCCUGUCACAUUCAAGGCUCAGGCCUUAUUCUCACCUCCCAUUCCCAAGAGGAGACAUAAAGAAGGUUUCUGCCCGUAGUCUUUGUACAUGAGAAAGAAAUGCUUUUCUUCUCUCUGAACUUGUAUUUCUACAACUAACACUGAGAAAAAGACAAUCACUGCAGUCUGAGUGUUUAUAUCUUUGUAUCUAGGAACACUGAAAAGCAAGCAUUGCUUUACUUCUAUUUUUAUUUAGUGUCUUACCCCCAAAGUACCAUUGGCUGUUUCCAGCUAGGUGAGUCAAUGUGUUGUGUUUUUUAGGGAAUCCUAGCAAGUUUCAUAUUUCUUCCUAGUGAAUAUAGAAGUAACUGUAGGAAGUAUAGGUAUUGUUUUGGAUUCCUCCAGUGAAAUAUUAAAGAUGGGAGACAGUGGGAAAUGUAGUGACAGAUGAUUUUCUCAGAAUAAAUUUGCUUUUCAGAUAAAGAGCAGCUUAAACCAGGUGUGCAUCAUAGUUUGGGAGUUUUGGUGUAAUUUAUUCUGUUAUUUAUUUCAGCUUGCCAUGUAUUCUGUGGUUGGGAUGCUGCAAGUCAUUCAUCUUCCUGGUCUUAGGCCAGCUGUCCUUUGUUUCCUUGACCUCAAACUUCUCUACCCUGUAGCUCUCCCAACAAAAAACACAUGACACCACGCCUUGUGUGUGGGAUGGUGUAUGUAGUGCAGCAAAGCAGAGACACAAUAUGGCCAUAUUGAGUCCUACUAAGACAUUGCUUAAGGAAAGGUACAAGAGAGAGUAAGAGUAGGGGUUGGGGGAGAGGGAGGGAAAGUUCUGAUUGACUCAUAACUGAAAUAGAUGGGGUUUUUUUCCCUCCAGAAAUUAAGUGGGACAUUUUUCAUUCUAGAAUAAAAGAAUCUGAAUUCUUUCUGCUGCUCUUGUUUAAGAUAAAAGUAGUUUACUUGAAAAGGCUCUCUGACCAUUUGAUUUUAUCAGUAAAUGUGGGGAUGUCAGGAAAAUGGCUUCCUGAAUGUUGGGGCAGGGUAAUUACCCUCAAAAGCAUGAUGGCUAGUACAUGAAAGGAAGAUCUUGUACAAUGUAAAGAUGGACUUUUUAAGGGAUGAUUUUUUUGUGUGGGUGUGUUGUUUUUUAAGCCACAAAAUCCUCUGUGUUUCAGGAUAGGAGUGAGGAUUUGUACGUGACUGUCAGCUGUUAACUUUAAGGAAAUCUGUCUACAGCAGUAAAUGAAGACAACGAUGUAUAUAUGUGAUAUAGUGAAACAAAUCCUGGGAUUUGUAACAUGAAACAAAGGGGUUUUAUUCUUUCUGUGUCUGUGAUUUAAAACUCCGUGCCCAUGCUCUGACUUUUGUAUUACAACCUGAGUUUAAAGAGGCAAUAAAAAAGAUUUUUUUAAAGAAAGUAUAACAUAGUGCGUCUUCACAAGGACAUGAUUCAUAUGAAAGCAGAAUAUGUGAAGUUGUUACUGAGGUCCUUGGUGCUCACUGUAAAAUCACAGACAGAGAAUUGGUGGGGGUCAUGAACACUGGUACCACUUAGAAUUCAGAAAUAGAGUCCUUAAGUAUUUUCUAAGAUUCAGUGAGUUAAGAUGAGAGCUCUCUCCCAGCUCCCAUCUGCCCUCCAAAAAGUUGAAAGUAAGUAGAAUUUGGUUUGAUUCCAGGGAGGGUGAAAUGAUCAGAGAGUAGGGCUUCUAUCCUUUCUGAUCCUAGGAAUACAAUGUUUGUGAUAUAUGGUACAGCAAACACAUCUAGUUAAUGUGAGUAUGCUAUACUUCCUAAUUGCAGAAUAUUCACUGUCAAUCCUGAAGUUACCAGUUCAUGCAGAAUUAAGCUUCAGCUGUUACUGUUUUGAAGCCGCUGUAACUUACUGCUUUUUCCCUUUUUUCGUACCCCCCCCCCUUUUGAAUGGGUGGGGGUGCCUGUUCAAACUAAAAUUAGAUAUGUUGGAUUGACAUUCUCAUGUGUUCAGUGUGGAAAAAAAAGGAAGUUCAUGCUUUAGAGACAACAACAAUGAAAUCCUUUUGAAAUGUGUGUUAAUAUCAUUUAAUAAAAUACCUAGUUCUAAAGGUUUGACAUUUUUCUUUGAGAUUUGGGGCUUUGACCAAGGGCCCCUGUCUUAUCUGGUGAGUGCAAAUAGAAGGGAACUUCUACAGGAGCCGAAACUGCUGCCUUGUGGAGCAGAUCUGUGCUUGGAAAACUGAAUUUCCUCCGGCAAAGACGCUACAUGACUGUCCAGGGCUGAAGGUGAAACCAGCUACAGGAUACAGAAAAAAAAAAGCCUGAAGAUAAGCUUUUAUUGGCUUUUGGUCUCAGAGUGGGGGAAGUCUGUGUCUGCACAUUUCUGAGGCACGCAGAUAACCACAGACCGCCCUCUCAUCCCUGCCUUGUGGUCACUCGCACUUGCCUCUCUUCCAGCCAUUCCUUUUUCUUUUUUUUUAAUCUUUGUCUCCAGUAUUGUUUUUGUUUUCCAGUUUAAUAAAAUAUGGUUUCCUUU